GGUGGCAUCCCAGAGGAGUCUGACAGGUGCUUGUUCUCACCACAUCUUUGGCUGCCAUGGGGAAUGGUGUCCACAGGAGCUCUGCCUAGGGGUGGAUGAAAAACUCACACAAGGAAGCCCAUUGCAGAAAGCCCAAAGGAUGGGGGAAUCCUUGCAAGAUAAACAAUUAGGGAACGAGUCAGAACAGGUGCUCCCCAUCCGCUGGUUCUCUCAGCCUCUAUCAGUCUUCAUCAUUUUGGCCAACAUCUUCAUCAUCAUUGGGAUCCUCUUCAACCGCAAGCUCCACGGUACCACCAACUGGUUCUUCUUGAGCCUACUGUUUGCUGAUCUUCUGGCUGGGGCAGCUCUUCCAUUUAUUCCUGAGCUCCCCUUUCAGAAGGAGCUAAGCAACCUCCUUUGCUUCUUCAGCUACGUGGUGCCCAACUUUCUUUUCCUCUCUUUUUUAGCCAACCUGUUGGUGAUGCAUUAUGCCAAGUAUGUGUGUAUCAUCCACCCACUGCACUACCAUAAUUCCUGGGUGCAUCGCCAGGCUGGUCUUUACAUAGUCCUAGCCUGGGCCACUCCAUUGAUCUUUGCUUCCCUGCCCCUGGCUUGGUACCGGUGGGAGUCCAGAGUGAACUGUUCCUUCAGAGUUGUCUUCCCCAUGCCUUACCUCUAUCUAGAGACCUAUGGGCUUCUCAUUCCUAUCAUCCUUGCCAUGGCGUUCAUGUGCAUCCGGAUGCUGUGUGUCGCCCAAAGGCAGCUGAAGAACAUCACAAAACUCCUUCAUUCUGUGAAUCAAGGCCAGGCCCCUUCAGAACUGGAGCAACAACUGGAACUGAGGCAUGCCAAGAGUAUCGCCAGCGUGUCCCUCAUCUUCCUGGUCUGCUGGGUGCCGUACAUCACUUGCUUGAAUAUCUCACUGGUGUCUAUACACAGUAGCAUCAAACCCCUCGUUCUCGCUAUUGUCACCUGCAUAGGCACUGGCAGUGCAGCUGCAGUACCCAUCAUCCUCAGUCUUAUCAACCACCAGUACACACAAUUUUGGAGAGACACGGCAACCAACGUCUGCAGACGCUGCUGCAAAGGACAGGCGUGCAAACAAGGGCAAGCUGAACCAAAAACGGAUCUGCCCCAUGGAAAUCUUCACACCAUAGAGGGAGACCCACAUGGCGCUCCAGCCUGA